AUGUAAUCGCGAGCACCAACUUUCUUUUCCAACGACGAGGUACAACCGGCGGACGAGCGAAAAUGAGUCUUGCGAUGAUUCGAUGAAACAUUUAUGGUCGCCUGCACGUGAGACUGCACACAGGAUGAGAGACAGACGGGCAGACAGAGGUGGAGAGGAGGGAACCGACCGAGAGAUGCACAAGUGCGAUGCUGAUGAUCCAAUCACAACUAUGUACGAUCACGGUGAAUGAUGUGCACGAUGAUCGAUGUGUGUAUGCUCUGUGUAGCUGUGUACUUUAUCGCUUUCCCCAGGAAGAAUACACGAAGGAAAUUGUUCUUUUUCCGUCCGUCAAGAGUCCAUCGCCAACUACCGCACACUGUAGAGAGAGAGAGAUAGAGAGGAUCAAAGAGAUGGUCGGAUUGAAACGAGAUAGAAUUAAAGACUUCAGAGAAAAUGAUGACCUGACUCGAAGUUCCUGCAUUGGAAGAAAUCGCGUUUGCCAAGAUCAGCAUUGUAAAAUUUAUGUUGUAAAAAAUACAUAACAGUAUCUACACGUGGUAUGUAAGAGUGAA